GAAGGUUUUGGUACGUGAAGCCUUCCGCGACUUUGAACAUUGAUCGACAUGGAUUCCAAAUCGGGGCGGAGCACUGUUUUGGCGAUUACGGACGAUGCAAGUUACGCCGUUACUUCGCUAAAUACAAUUUGGGAUUCUGAGAAAGAAGACCCCAAACGCUUCGACCCUCUAAUUGUCAUGCAAGCUUCUUCUUUAGCUCGGUUGCCACUAGAUUCAUCGUAUGUCAACUUGGUCAUUUACAUCGCUCGGUCAGCUGAAUUUCCUGUUGAUGAGUUGUAUGCUGAAACCUUUAGAGUUUUGGUGCCUGGUGGAGUGUUGGUGGUUUAUGGGAGUUCGCAGUCUGGGACAAAUGAGGAAGAUAGGGUAAUGUCUGCUAUUGAGCGCAGGUUACUAUUGGCAGGGUUUUCAGAAGGAAAUCGUUUUUACCUAAAAUCAGGUGCUCAGUCUUUUGGGGUUAAGGCUAAGAAGCUGUCUUGGAAGAUUGGAUCUUCUUUUGCUAUUAAAAAGAAGAUGGUGAAAAAUCCAUUGAAAAUUGAGAUGGAUGAUGAUUCAGAUCUCAUUGACGAAGAUUCCCUAUUAACUGAAGAGGAUUUGAAGAAACCACAAUUACCACCUGUUGGUGAUUGCGAAGUAGGAACCACAAGGAAAGCCUGCAAGAACUGCACAUGCGGAAGGGCAGAACAAGAGGAGAAAGUGCAGAAGCUGGAACUGAAUAUGGAUCAAUUGAACAAUCCUCAAUCAGCUUGUGGCAAUUGUGGACUAGGUGAUGCAUUCCGUUGCAGUACAUGCCCGUAUAAGGGUCUUCCACCAUUCAAGCUGGGUGAGAAGGUAUCUCUAUCAGGGAACUUUCUUACAGCAGACAUAUGAAUUCAAAGAUAUGGUUUUGGGGCCGAAACUAAAGGGGUUUUAGAUACUUAAAACAGCCUUGUUGAGUUCUUUUCAUUGUGUUUUGUCCGUUGUUUAUCCACUGGUUUACAAUUUAGGUGACGAAAUCUAGUUGUAUGUGGAC